GAGUAACGUGAGGGAAAGGCUGGGGCGCCCAAGGAUUCCGAGGAGCUUCGCCGUCGCCAUUCCCAAGUCCACUGAUUCUGAGGAGGGCUAACGCAUCGAGGGCGAAGGGCUACGGUCCAGAAAUGUCUCUGGCUUGCGCGGCGAGGGUCGUGGUCGUGGCGGAGAAGGAACUGCAAGAUGCCUGCAUCGCGUGGGAGAAGGAGCGAUAGCCCUAUGCCUGGACUGCACUUGAUCUCCGAUACCCCAAAGUUGCGUCCUUUGCUCCUCUUUCGAGCUUUCUAGGAUAUUAAUCGUCGCAACUCCCCGAGCUUGUUACUGUUCGUUGGGAGAACGGUGUGACUUGCUCAAGUAGAGGGUUUGAAGUCGAUUCGCGCUGAAAGAUCAAUAUUGGGCUUUGGCGAUGUCGGCGAAGGUGUGGAGCAGCGAGGUGGUGGCGGCCGCCGCGGGGGAUGCGAAGCCGGAGCUGGUGUGGGCCACCUGCGCGUGCUGCGGACUGAGGGAAGAGUGCACGCCGGCGUACGUCGCAAAGGUACGGGAGCGGUACAGCGGACGGUGGGUUUGCGGCCUCUGCGGCGAGGCUGUCAAGUACGAGAUUUGUCGCUCCGAGCGCCGGAUCUCCACGGAGGAGGCGCUCAGCCGCCAUACCAGCUUCUCCGAAAGCUUCCGCUCCGCGGCGCCGCCCAUCGACACCGCGGAGCACCUCAUCGCCGCCAUGCGCCAGCUCCUCCGGCGCAGCCUCAACUCCCCCAGGGCCACGCGCUCCACGCCUGGCAGCUCUCUACAGGAGGCUGCAAGGGACGGCGGGGCCGACGCCCGCCGUUCGCUUGCACGCUCGGGGAGCUGCUUCUCUACUCUGGCUUAAUGACACAGAUGGGGCGAAAGCCUCAUCAUUCUCUGAUCUGAAGGCAACUCAUUAGAGGCAACUCCUUCAACAUGCUCCUGAAAUAAUGCUCAUCGCGUAGGUCCAUGGCAUUGCAGAGCUUUCUUCUCUCCUUGCAGCAACGGCAGCAGUGAUUCAAGGAAGACAAGGUGCCAAGUGAUAUCAUCGGACGAGCCAAACUCUACAUCCUCCAGGUACCAUGCAGUUAACCCAGUUGUACUUGUAAACACAAUUUAUAUUAGAAGAGAAGAACAUUGUUUCUGCUAAAGCUUGUUAUGUAUUGUUUCCAAACAAAUAAAGUUUCUGAUGUUGUUCUU